GAGGGAGCCGGGAGCGGAGGGAUGUGGGGCUUUGGGGGAAGCAGGCUCUUCGGCUUCUUCUCCGCUCCCGUCCUGGUGGCCGUGGUCUGUUGCGCCCAGAGUGUGAACGAUCCGGGGAAUAUGUCCUUCGUGAAAGAAACGGUGGAUAAAUUGUUGAAAGGCUACGACAUUCGCCUCAGACCGGAUUUUGGAGGCCCCCCAGUGAAUGUCGGGAUGAACAUAGAUAUUGCCAGUAUCGACAAGGUCUCUGAAGUCAACAUGGAUUACACGUUAACAAUGUAUUUUCAACAAUACUGGCGAGAUAAAAGACUGGUUUAUGCUGGGAUUCCUCUCAACCUUACACUCGAUAACAGAGUAGCAGAUCAACUAUGGGUGCCUGAUACUUAUUUUCUGAAUGACAAGAAAUCAUUUGUGCACGGUGUUACUGUUAAGAAUCGAAUGAUUCGCCUUCAUCCAGAUGGCACAGUAUUAUACGGCCUCAGAAUCACAACUACUGCAGCUUGUAUGAUGGACUUGAGAAGAUACCCAUUAGAUGAACAAAAUUGUACAUUGGAAAUAGAAAGCUAUGGCUACACAACGGAUGACAUAGACUUUUAUUGGAGAGGUGGAGAGAAUGCAGUUACUGGAGUAGAAAGAAUUGAACUUCCGCAAUUUUCUAUUGUGGAAUAUAAACUUGUGUCCAGAUAUGCUAAAUUUGCCACAGGUUCCUAUCCAAGACUAUCACUGAGUUUUAAGUUGAAGAGGAAUAUUGGAUACUUUAUUCUUCAGACCUACAUGCCCUCAAUAUUGAUUACCAUUUUAUCAUGGGUAUCCUUCUGGAUAAAUUAUGAUGCAUCAGCAGCAAGAGUAGCUCUUGGUAUUACAACUGUGCUUACUAUGACAACUAUCAACACUCAUCUCAGAGAGACUUUGCCUAAGAUUCCAUAUGUCAAAGCCAUUGAUAUGUAUCUUAUGGGCUGCUUUGUGUUUGUCUUCUUGGCCUUACUUGAAUAUGCCUUUGUCAACUAUAUCUUCUUUGGAAAGGGCCCUCAAAGGCAGAAGAAACUUGCUGAAAAGACAGCCAAAGCAAACAAUGAUCGUUCUAAGUUUGAAAGCAAUCGGGUGGACAUGCAUGGGAACAUAUUGUUAACAUCCCUUGAAAUUCACAAUGAAGUUGCAAGCAAUGAAAUCACAACAAGUGUCAGUGAUCCACAUAAUUCAGCAGUAUCCUUUGAUAACUCAGGAAUCCAGUACAGAAAGCAGAGUUCCCACCGAGAAAUUCUUGGGAGACGUACAUUAGACAGAACUAGCACUCACACUAAGAAGAGUCAUUUGCGGAGAAGAUCUUCUCAGCUAAAAAUAAAAAUUCCUGAUCUAACAGAUGUGAAUGCAAUUGACAGAUGGUCAAGGAUGGUGUUUCCUUUCACAUUUUCUCUUUUCAACUUAAUCUACUGGCUAUACUAUGUCAACUAA